UUAAUAUACACCAUGGCUUGGGGUUACUGGAGCGCCACAACUGUAGACCGUGGACGGUCUCCCAGACGUAAUACGCAGACGACCCCAUUGCCAGUAAAUUUAGUUCAACAAGAAGAGGAACCUUGUGUGACGACAACUACGACCGCAAUUCAAUCUUCAACUACGACAAACUCAAAUACAUGUCCCAAUACACCAUCUGGCACCCAAGCUAGCCUAUGCUAUAGUCCCACUUGUCGCAGUCGCUGUAGCAGUCCAUGUCCUGGCAGUCCUUGUCCGGGGAGUCCUUGCGGGUCUAUUACCCCUCCGCCACCUCCCCAUCCUCUGACAUCGUCGCAGCAAUAUCUUCAUCAGCAUUCUAAUAAAAAUUGUCCAGCAGCGCAACAGGUCUUUACUGCCCAGGAUUAUCCUUCCAGACGUCAAUCAUUGGAUCGUUUGGAUAGUCCACAGUCGAAAUAUUUUGAUACCAUACAGGCGAACCAACUUUCGGAUAUAAUGUGCCGCGGGGCAGUUGUUUCGUCCAUCCAGUCGGCCAACAACACCCUCACUCGCGGUGUUUCCCUACACAGUCGUAGUGGAAGUGCCCAUGGCAGCAUUCAUGGCGGUGGCAGUCAUCACGGAAGUCACGGAACCAUGGGUCCGCCUGGCAGUGUUCAUGGUUCAAUGGGCUGUCUACAAGGCAGUACCGGGCAUUUGGUAAAUGUGGGUCAUUCGAACAGCGGUAGUGUGGGAAUGCUUGCCGGCGGAGCUGUUGACACUGGCGACUAUGACGUUCCCCAUCCACAUCCAUAUACACAUCACUAUAUGCAAACAUCGUCGUCAAUAACCCCACCCCAUUCUACAAUGAAUUUGAUUGGUUCCCGACCAGGUUCGGCAGGGCCGUGUACUGGCCACGAAUCUGGUUCCGAUUCUAGUCAAGGCUGCGGCGGGCAUAUUGGGCAUAUACAUAUGGCUGGUAUAGGUGGUAUCGGUGUCCACCACUCCCAUACAGGGGGCAGUGGUUCUCUGGGGCGUUGUUCCAGCCGCUGCCAUAAUACAACUACAACUACAGAUGAUUCUGGCGGCGGAAGUGGCGGUAGUGUUUUCGGCAGCGGCCCUUGUAUGGGCAUUGAUCACCAACCACAACAUCAGCAUCAUCACAUUGUUCGGCAUGGUAGCGCUGGCAGUGGCCUCAAUGGCUGUGGCAGUGUAGGAAGCGGAGGUCGCAAUAGUUCUCUCAGCACAAUUCACAACGGCCACGGUCAUCAUCAACAGUAUCAUCACGAAUGUAUCCACUAUGAACGACUACCCAUACCAGUCCCCAUACCCACUGUGCCAACGACACAUCACCAGCAACAACACUUGCAAUCGGAAGAGGAAAUUGAACCGGCAUAUGCAACAGUGUUUCCAAAUGUUCCAGCGGCCCCUGGUUUGUUAUGCGAUGGAGAAGACAGAAGCAUAUACCGUCGGGGCGCCCGUAGGUGGCGUAAACUAUAUCGUGUCAAUGGUCACAUAUUCCAGGCUAAACGUUUCAACAGACGUGCGUUCUGCGCCUAUUGUCAAGACAGAAUUUGGGGCCUGGGACGUCAAGGUUUCAAGUGCAUUCAAUGCAAGCUGUUGGUGCAUAAGAAGUGUCACAAAUUGGUGAAAAAACCCUGUUCCAAUGAACUUGUGGAACCGUUAGUUCCCAAAGGCUCUGAAGAAGACUUCGCAGAGCAAUUACCGAAAAUGGCUCCACCCAUUCCAGACUAUCCACCCAUGCACUCCGGAUUGGAAGAGUCACGCAUCUCGGAUCCAGAACAUUUGCCAUCAUCCUCUGGUAGUGGAGGAGGCGGGGGUCACAUGUCAUCUGGAAAAGAUCCUGUGGACAUGGGAUCGCAGCGUCAAUUUUCGUUGGACGACUUCGAGUUGAUACGUGUCAUUGGGCGCGGUAGUUAUGCUAAGGUAUUAAUGGUUGAAUUGAAAAAGACUCGGCGUAUUUAUGCCAUGAAAGUAAUAAAGAAGGCGUUGGUGACUGACGACGAAGACAUAGAUUGGGUCCAGACGGAAAAACAUGUCUUUGAGACGGCUUCGAAUCACCCAUUCCUUGUGGGUUUACAUUCGUGCUUCCAAACUCCUUCGCGUUUAUUCUUUGUCAUCGAAUUCGUUCGAGGUGGGGACCUCAUGUAUCACAUGCAACGACAGAGACGUUUACCGGAGGAACAUGCACGCUUUUAUGCUGCUGAAAUCAGUUUGGCUUUAAACUUCUUGCACGAGAAAGGAAUUAUAUAUCGCGAUUUGAAAUUGGACAAUGUUCUGUUGGACCACGAGGGUCACAUAAAGUUAACCGACUACGGAAUGUGUAAAGAGGGUAUACGCCCGGGUGAUACAACAUCCACAUUCUGUGGUACUCCCAACUACAUUGCGCCAGAAAUUUUGCGCGGAGAAGAUUAUGGAUUUUCAGUAGACUGGUGGGCUCUUGGUGUUUUGCUAUAUGAAAUGUUGGCUGGCCGCAGUCCCUUCGAUAUCGCAGGAGCUUCGGAAAAUCCUGAUCAGAAUACGGAGGAUUACCUCUUCCAAGUUAUUUUGGAGAAAACUAUACGUAUACCAAGGUCAUUGAGUGUCAAGGCGGCAUCCGUUCUCAAGGGUUUCCUUAACAAAAAUCCCGCUGACCGUUUGGGUUGUCAUAGGGAAACUGCGUUUAUGGAUAUUAAGAACCAUCCUUUCUUCAAAGUUAUUGAUUGGGAAAUGCUGGCAUACAAGCAAGUUACACCGCCAUUCAAACCACGUUUAGACUCAGAUCGUGAUUUGGCCAAUUUCCCACCUGAGUUUACAGGCGAAGCAGUACAAUUAACACCCGAUGACGACCGUGUCAUUGAUAAUAUCGAUCAAUCGGAAUUCGAAGGUUUCGAGUAUGUCAACCCUCUCCUUAUGUCUUUGGAAGAUGAAGUCUGACAUCACGAGUUUUGUGAUUUGCAUCCCUACAACAUGCGUCUUUAUGGCGAAGACUCCAGUGACUACGAUUCUGUUGCUGAUGAUUUAAGUUUAAUGCGUAUAAACGCCCCUAAUAACAAUUUAGCAACACAAUUGAAUAACUACAUCAACGAUCACCAACAACAAAUGCACCAACAUCAU